AUGUAUUGUAUUUCCAACAUCUAUGCUCUCGCCGCAUUUGGUACCAUCGGCGGGGCCUUAUUCGGCUUCGAUGUGAGCUCAAUGAGCGCCUGGAUUGGCGUUGACACAUAUACUGAAUUUUUCAACAAACCCGACUCAAACCUCCAAGGGGGAAUCACCGCCUCCAUGUCGGCGGGUUCCUUUGCCGGCUCCAUCUUGGCGGGCUGGCUAUCGGAUAUUCUCGGUCGUCGGUAUGCUUUGAUGAUCGCGUCAGUGGUUUGGAUCAUUGGGGCGAUGGUUCAAACCAGCGCGCAAAAUGUGACGCAUCUGGUAGCUGGCCGCGUGGUAAGUGGCCUUGCAGUGGGCGUUACUUCGUCGCAAACUUGCGUUUAUCUAUCAGAGCUAGCCCCCGCCCGGAUCCGCGGUCGCGUGGUGGGAAUUCAGCAAUGGGCCAUUGAAUGGGGCAUUUUGAUCAUGUACUUGAUUGCCUACGGCUGCGCUGUCGGAGUGUCUGGGCCAGCUGCGUUUCGGGUCUGCUGGGGCGUGCAGGCUGUUCCGGGCCUGAUUUUGUUGAUUGCCCUAUUCUUCUUUCCCGAGUCACCGCGCUGGCUGGCCUCGAAGGAGCGAUGGGAGGAGGCUUUGGAGACCUUGGCCAUGCUGCACGGCAAGGGUAACCGCAACGACCCUGUGGUGCAGGUCGAAUUCGAAGAGGUUCAGGAGGCCGUGCGACUGGCCCACGAGUCCAAAGACAUUUCGUUUCUGGCGCUAUUUGGACCUCGCGUCUGGAAGCGUACGAUGUGCGGGAUGAGUGUACAGAUGUGGCAGCAGCUGCUGGGCGGUAAUGUUGCGAUGUACUACGUCGUCUAUAUUUUUGAGAUGGCUGGGAUGACCGGCAACACAACGCUGUGGUCCUCAGCCAUUCAAUAUGUUAUCUUUUUGGUGACUACAGGAGUCAUGCUUCCCAUAAUUGACCGCGUUGGCCGUCGAUCGCUACUCCUCAUCGGUGCUGUCACUUGCAUGAUCGUUCACUUUAUCAUCGCCGCUGUCAUGGCCAGCAAGGGCCACCCAGUCCCGGACGUGAAUGGUAACGCCAAUUUAACAUGGGAGAUCAAGGGGAAUGCCGGCAUGGCCGUGAUUGCAUUCUCAUAUAUUUUCACGGGCAUCUACGGAUUCACUUGGGCUCCGACUGCGUGGAUUUACGCUGCCGAAGUCUUUCCACUGAAGUAUCGAGCAAAAGGUGUGGGAGUGUCAGCAGCCACGAAUUGGAUUUUCAACUUUGCACUGGCGUACUUCGUUGCACCCGCUUUCCACAAUAUUCAGUGGAAGACUUACAUCAUCUUCGGGGUUUUCUGUGCGGCCAUGACCAUUCACGUGUUCUUUAUGUACCCAGAGACUUCCGGCCGGACUCUUGAGGAGAUCGACUUGGUCUUCGAAACGGAUGUCAAGCCGUGGCGUACCAAUCAGAUUGGGGACAAAUUUGGCGAGGAAAUCGAGCGACACAAGGAGACGGUCGAUUCCAAAAAGGCUGGCGGCGCUACCCAUGAAGAGGUGGUGUGA